CCUCACGUGUUGACCAGCACAGUUCUAUGUUGUAGACUUCGUAUCCUUCAGCGUCACGUAAUUUCCACUUUCCUGACUCCCAAGAAAUUUCCUUCCCACCUCAAACGUUGGAAAUUAUUAUCAUAAUCUCAUCUCUUAUAUGUUGAAACUCACCCUCUUCUCUUCUUCCUGACACUGAACCAUUCGUAUCACAUUUGGCCCUCAUGUUCAAACUUGCAUUUAUUUGCUUUGUUGCUCCUCUGUUUCUCUUAUUCACUAAUACCUCUAGUAGCCACAACACUUCAUCUUCAACAAAUUGCCCCACUUACCAUUGUAAAAAUGGACCUAACAUCAGUUACCCCUUUUGGCUCUCCCAAGGCUCACCUCCUGAUCAAUAUUGCGGGUACCCAGAAUUUGGCCUUAUUUGUUCUGAUCAUGGUGACCCCAUUUUUUCUCCACCCCCUGGAUAUUACUAUUACGUUAAAAACGUAGACUACGGAAAACAUAGUCUUAACCUCGUUGAUUUUGACACUGCAAACCAAACUUGUCCAAGAGCACUUCACAAGGUUCCUCUGGGAAAUCUACCACUUUCUCAAUCUUCCUUGAACUUAAACCUUGGCUUUUACUACAACUGCACUAGUUACCCUUCUGGGGUACCUUCUAUCAAGUGUCUCAGUUUUGGGGUGAAGGAGUCUUUUGUGUUUGUGAUGGGGAACGAGACUAAAGGUUUUGACUGGUUGGAAAACUGCGAGGCAAACGUUAUGGUGACGGUGAUGAAGGAUCAGAUUACAAGUGAUAAUGGGUUGAUGCAUCAGUUUGCUGGGGCUAUUAGUGAAGGGUUCGUACUUGAAUGGCGAACAUCUUCGAAUUGUGUUGAGUGUGAGGCUAGUAAUGGACUUUGUGGCUAUAGUAAUACCAGGAAGGAGGUGCUGUGCUUCUGCAAUGAUGGCACUACAAGAAGCAACAAAUGUGAUGCAGGGGGAAGCAGCACCGGUUUGUCAAGAUUAAUUAUUGGUUUAGUAGCUGGAGGAAUUGGGGCACUGCUGAUAUGCAUCCUACUUUGCAUUUUUAGACGUCAAUUAUCACCAUUUGUGUCAAAAAUUUGGACGACCAGAAAGAUUGAUAAAGAUAUUGAGGCCUUCAUCAGAAAUAAUGGGCCUCUAGCCAUAAAAAGAUACUCGUAUUCAGAGAUCAAGAAAAUGACCAACUUUUUCAAAUCCAAACUGGGACAAGGUGGUUAUGGUCAAGUCUAUAAAGGAAAUCUAAACAACAACUCUCUUGUGGCCGUGAAGGUAUUGACAGCUUCAAAGGGGAACGGGGAAGAAUUUAUCAAUGAAGUUAUAAGCAUAAGUAGAACAUCCCACGUAAAUAUUGUCAAGCUCCUUGGUUUUUGUCUUGAAGGGAAGAAGAAAGCUCUUAUCUACGAAUUUAUGCCCAAUGGAUCACUUGAAAAGUUCAUACACAACAAGAGUUUUGAAACUAAUCCACCUUUGAGUUGGGAAAGAUUACACCGCAUUGCAGAAGGUAUAGCCAAAGGAUUGGAAUAUUUGCAUAAGGGGUGCAACACUCGGAUAUUGCAUUUUGACAUAAAACCAAGCAACAUCCUUUUGGAUAAAAAUUUCUGUCCUAAAAUCUCGGAUUUUGGGUUGGCUAAGCUCUGCUCAAAAACACACAGUAUCAUCUCUCUGUGUGAUGCUAGAGGGACAAUUGGGUAUAUUGCUCCAGAAGUGUGGAACAGAAACUUUGGAGGAGUGUCACAUAAGUCUGAUGUCUAUAGUUAUGGAAUGAUGAUUUUGGAAGUGGUUGGAGGAAGGCAGAAUGUUAGUAUUGAAGCAAGUCAUUCAAGUGAGACUUAUUUUCCUCAUUGGAUAUACAAGCAUAUUGAGGUGGGUAGCAAUUUACCAUGGCAUGAUGGUAUGACCACAGAGGAAAAUGAAAUUUGUAAGAAAAUGAUUAUGGUGGGAUUGUGGUGCAUACAAACAAUCCCAUCUGAUAGGCCUCCAAUGAGUAGGGUGGUUGAAAUGUUAGAAGGAAGCAUAGAUCAGUUCCAAAUUCCACCAAAGCCUUUCGUAUUUUCUCCUAUGAUAACCGAAGUGGAUAUUUGCACUACUAGUAACUUUGAUUGAGUAUGAAGCAAUGGCAUUUCUCUUAUUUGAGGUGUUGGAGUGUCAAGACACUGUCUGACACCAUCACCUGUACAGCAUUUGGAUGACACGUGUCAAACACGACGCAUUAAAUAUUUACUUUUUUUUUUUUUUAUCGAUUCAGAAGCUUAUGCUAACAGUUUUAUAUGGCUUAAAGCCUUUAAACACUUGAACUAAUAUAUUUAUAUAGAUAAAGAUUUCAAAGACACUAGUGUUAUAAGUAAAAUAUUUAUAUUUCUUCAAAUAUUUAGAAAAUAUAGCUUACAAUGUAAUAUAAAAAAUUUAAAAAAUUAAUGUUU